AGCUUCUUCCCUUGGGGAGAGGGAGUAAGAGAAGAUGUAGAUGGGACGUGGAAAGGAGGGAUCCUCCUCUUUACAUCCAGUUCUUCUAGGCCGUUCUACAUCUUCCCUCUUGUACCCAUACACCGAAGUUGGGCUGGCGCACAUGAGGCAUGGAUUUCAGUGGAGAAGCUCCCCCAGGUUUAUGGAGAACGCAGGAUCCCCUCCUCCUUGAGAAGAAUUUCCUUUCGAGGGAGGGUGGACGUGCAUUGGUACUAUCACACGGCACCCAUACUAUGGGUUCUAGAUAGGAACAUGGCGGGAUUGCCACCUUUCAGCCAAGGGAGCUUCUUCCCUCGGGGAGAGGGAGUAAGAGAAGAUGUAGAUGGGACAUGGAAAGGAGGGAUCCUCCUCUUUACAUCCAGUUCUUCUAGGCCGUUCUACAUCCUCCCUCUUGUACCCAUACACCGAAGUUGGGCUGGCGCACAUGAGGCAUGGAUUUCAGUGGAGAAGCUCCCCCAGGUUUAUGGAGAACGCAGGAUCCCCUCCUCCUUGAGAAGAAUUUCCUUUCGAGGGAGGGUGGACGUGCAUUGGUACUAUCACACGGCACCCAUACUAUGGGUUCUAGAUAGGAACAUGGCGGGAUUGCCACCUUUCAGCCAAGAGGAAUUGAAAUUGCGUCGAGAAGACAGAGAUGAUGCGAGCGGGAAUGAGGGUCAUCGUCAUGAAAAGUGUUCUGGAGAUGGCGACGCGAUGACUCCCACGAAGGGACCUGAUAACGAUUAGUGAAUAGAGAUGGAGUUACCACCCUGAAGGCCUACAGUGUGAAGUUAUACGAAAGGCUAUGUAUUGCGCAC